AUGAUCUCUCCGCUAAACUCGAUGGCGCGCAGUUGGAAACUCAACCUCCUCGUUCACCGGUCGAUGUUCCUAUGGCUCAAGUUCCUCCCGCUUCCGACGUUCACGCGAAUUCUGGUGUUCUUCCUCAUGCCAACGUCGUUCCUUCCGCUGCUUCUGGUGUCCGUGACUCUCAAGGGCUCUCAUCUCUGUCUGAUCGCGAACUUUGGGCCGCUGUUCAUCGCGCCUCGUCGACGACUACAUUCCGUGAGAAAUCUUGCCGUGCUGUCCUUGAAAAGUUGGCCGACGCCAAAACUCCCCAACAAGAUAUUGACGAUUCCAUUUUAG